AUGGAGGCUCCGGUGUGCCUGAUUGGGAACAGGAGAAAUCACCCCCAUGUGUCUCCGGAGGCCCUUCAGUUGCUCUCAGACAUCCGGCAGCCAGUGGUGGUGGUGUCCAUCGUGGGACUGUAUCGCACGGGCAAGUCCUACCUGAUGAACAAGCUGGCUGGCAAAAAUUCAGGUUUCCCUUUGGGCUCCAUAGAGGAAGCAGAAACAAAAGGAAUCUGGAUGUGGUGUGUUCCCCAUCCAGACAGGCCUAACCAAACCCUUGUCCUGCUGGAUACUGAAGGGUUAGGUGACACAGAAAAGGUGAUUUUGUAUUUGCUUAUUUCUUUGUAUGAAAUAUCACACUGA